AUGGAUGAAACUAACCUGAGCUCGCCAGCGGCAGCGGUGGCGGAGGCUGAGCGGUCCCUGAAUGUCUCUGCACGGGGGAAUGCCUCCGCUGGGGACCUCCGGCCGCACAUCCCCGUGGUGCACUGGGUCAUCAUGAGCGUCUCCCCGCUGGGGUUUGUGCAGAACGGCAUCCUCCUCUGGUUCCUGUGCUUCCGGAUGCGCAGGAACCCCUUCGCUGUGUACAUCACUCACCUGUCCGUCGCGGACAUCUCCCUGCUCUUCUGCAUCUUCAUCCUGUCCACCGACUACGCCCUGGACCACGAGCUCUCCUCCGGGCACUACUACACCAUUGUCACACUGUCCGUGACCUUCCUGUUUGGCUACAACACGGGCCUCUACCUGCUGACGGCUAUCAGCGUGGAGCGCUGCCUGUCGGUCCUGUACCCCAUCUGGUACCGAUGCCAUCGCCCCAAACACCAGUCCGCGUGUGUCUGCGCCCUGCUCUGGGCUCUGUCCUGCUUGGUCACCACCAUGGAGUAUGUCAUGUGCAUUGAUGCUGCUGAGGAGAGUCGCUCGCGCGGCGACUGCCGGGCCGUCAUCAUCUUCAUUGCCAUCCUGAGCUUCCUGGUGUUCACCCCACUCAUGCUGGUGUCCAGUGCCGUCCUGGUGGUGAAGAUCCGCAAGAACACGUGGACUGCCCAUUCCUCGAAGCUGUACCUCGUCAUCACAGUCACCAUCGUCAUCUUCCUCAUCUUCGCCAUGCCCAUGAGGUUGCUUUAUCUGCUCUACUAUGAGGACUGGUCGACGUUCGGCAACCUGCACAACAUUUCUCUGCUCUUCUCCACCAUCAACAGCAGUGCCAACCCCUUCAUCUACUUCUUCGUAGGCAGCAGUAAGAAGAAGCGGUUCAAGGAGUCCUUGAAAGUGGUGCUGACCAGGGCUUUCAAAGAUGAACUGCAGCCCCGGCGCCCGGAAGACAGCGGCAACACUGUGUCCAUUGAAACCGUGGUCUAGGUCGUCUAGGUUGUGGUGGGGACAGCCCAACAUGGAGAGCCUUCAGUUUCAUUUGGACCACAUGGAUCAAGUGUCUCCUGAUUAUGAUCCAGAAAGAGUCCCACCCCAUCCCAAAUGCAUGAGUUGCUAUUCAAUGAUGAGAUUGUGCCAAAUUGCACUCAAAGUACCAAUGAAAAAUGCAGCCUUGCUCCUGUGAGAUCUUUUCCGGAAACGCCUAUACUCAUAUCUGUAUUUACAAGGACUCUGUGUUCAGCUUCUCUGGC